AUGGAAAGUCGUGGCCGCACCACCAGCAACAGACCACGAAAGGAACUAAUUGACAAAUUGAUGGAAUUAGACCAAACAGCUGCAAUAGCCAAACCCAUUGUCCCGAAUACAGGAGAAGAUGAAAUCCUGUGGUCCAUUCGACUGAGGUUGGCAUUAUAUGGGCCAAAUCCUAAAACGGAGCUUAUUAACCAGGUGUUCAUUGCGGUGAGAGAAGAAGACCUGGAGGAAAGGGAAAAAGGGAACAUCAGUUGCGGCUAG